AUGGGCUGCGUCAAUUCCAAGCCAGACCAGGAUGUUGUGAAUGGGAACGCCCAUGCAGACGCCAACGGCGAGAACAAUGCCGCAGCGAACGGCAAGCCGGCGCCGGCCACUACAAACCCCAACAGCUUCGAGGAGCAGUACACGCUGGGCAAGGUCAUCGGCUCUGGCACGUUCUCAGUCGUGCGCAUCGCCGUUCACAAGCCGACGGGCCAGCGCUACGCCAUCAAAUGUAUUAAACGCGACGGUUUGGUCGCAGAGGAUAUUGAGGCCCUGACUACGGAAGUUGCCAUUCUGAAACAGAUGAAUCACCCGAACAUCAUGAUCCUGCAUGAUUUCUUCGUCGAGGAAAAAUUCUACUAUCUCGUAACGGAGUUCAUGGAGGGUGGUGAGCUCUUUGAUCGUAUCGUUGAGAAGUCGUAUUACAACGAGAGAGAAGCUCGCGAUCUGGUUAAACUGCUUCUUGAAGCCAUUAAAUACUGCCACGACGCCAACAUCGUGCACCGCGACUUGAAGCCGGAGAACCUCCUGCUCACCAGCAAGGACGACGAUGCCUCCAUCAAGCUGGCAGACUUUGGCUUCGCAAAGAGGAUCGAAUUCGACAGCGAGGGCCUAGUGACGGCCUGCGGUACGCCCGGAUAUGUUGCGCCGGAGAUUCUCGAGGGCAAACCGUAUGGCAAGACGGUGGAUAUCUGGAGCAUUGGUGUCAUCACUUACAUAUUGCUGUGCGGUUACCCACCGUUCCAUGACGACAACCACAACGCGCUCUUCAAGAAAAUUAAGAAGGGCAAAUUCCAGUUCGAUUCGCCGUACUGGGACCACGUCUCAGACGACGCCAAGGACCUCAUUUCGCAGAUGCUCGUCGUGGACCCGGAGAAACGUGCGACGGUGGAUCAACUAUUGGCACACCGCUGGGUCACGGGCACGGAGGUGGCCACUGUUCAGCUCACCAGCGCUCUGGAGGAGCUGCGUCGCUUCAACGCACGCCGCAAGUUCAAGGCUGCCGUCAGCACAGUGUCCACGACCGUCGGCUUUAGCAAGAAGUACAGCAAGUCGUACAGCCAGCCGCAGUCGCCUCGGGACGAGACUACGGAAGUCGAGCUGCCCGAGGUCUCACCCGAGACGGUGAACGUGAGCCUGGACGACAACAAGACCGAUUAA